AUGGCAAACACAACGGAAGAACUUCACGAGAAAUUUGAACCUCACCCAAAUCCGCAAAACCUGACCAGCAAUGAGUCGCAAAGCGUCGAUUAUGAACCACAUCCGGAGAACUCAUUGAAGAUCUCAGCGGAGCACCAGGAAAUAGUCCGGGCCAUUACUGCGCUGUAUUCUGGCAGUAGUAACGAGAAAGACAUGAAUGUCUACGCCGAAAAGGCGAUAUAUGAUGAUCCGUUAUCAUAUUGCGAUACCAGAUACAAGAUAGCGGGCCAAUGGUACGGACUGCCCAAGAUAUUCAGCAAGCUGGAAACCAAGAAGACAGAGGUUGUCAAGGACAGCCCAUCUGAGAUUGUGUUCAAGUUGAGGCAGGAGUAUACACUCAAGGCCAUCAAUAAGGGGAAAGAGGUCGACUCUCUGGUUUCGCUGGGGUUGGAUGAUGAUGGGAAGGUGAGAUACCAUAAGGAUAUGUGGAAUUCCAAGGAUUAUUCUCAUACGGGGGUUGGCAUGCUGAUCAAAACACUGAAUGGGGAUCAUCUCACUAAGAUCACGCAGCCGCCGGAAUCAUUGUAA